AUGCCAAAAGUAAAGAAAAGUCGACCACAAUUACAUUAUAAAAUAAAAAGAAGCUUUGCAGUGCCUGAAAAACAUGUAGAAAAGGUUCUUCCCGGAUCUGCUUUGCAAGCUGAUGAAAACAAGUCAACUAAUAAAGAAUCAUCAUCAUCAACAUCUACUUCAUUGAAAUCUUCUGUUUCACAAUUAACUUCUACUUCUUUGAAAGAUUCAGCGCCACCUGUAGAAACAUCAAUAAACGAUCAACCUCUUACAAAAAAGGAAAAGAUUAAACAAAGACAUGAGAAAUGGAAGAAAAAAUUUGAACCAUUUUCUACACAACCAAAAAAGAAACCUAAAAAAACAAAGUCUUCAACAAAAGCAACCUGA